CCAUCGGCCAUCCUGGCAAGGUUUAGGAAGAUCACCAAGAGGAAGACGACUAUAAUUUUCGCAGGUGCAAGUGAAUCCAGAGCUAAAGAUGUCUGAGACGGCUGAGGGUGAACCCCAGUCGGUCCAGUCAGUGGCAGACAUAUCAACAUUUGUCGCCUACAUACGACGCGUCGUGCCUGUUUUGCUCGAGGAUGAUGACCCAGAUCUCCGCUCGCUCCAGAAAGCGGUGCAAGACAAGAAUAACAUUGAGAUUGUCAAGAAGUUCCUCAGCGAUGUCCAAACACCAGCAUUGUUGGUGCAGAGAGUCGCAAUUAAAGAGGAAGAGGUGCCAGAAGGAGGAGGGGAAGGGGAGGGCGAGAGCAAUGCAUCCUACAUCAUCACCAAUGAUGUUCGCUUCAGCAGCUCCAAGAUGAGCAGUGUGGUGAUGCUGAAGCGUGGUCCAGUGGUGGAAGGAGACAAGGGAUUCCCAUCUCAACUACGCCUGAUGAACUUCAGCGAGGGUUCCCCUUACGAGACCCUUCAUGCUUAUGUGGCCAAUGCCGUGGGGCCAUACUUCAAGUCCUACAUCAAAGAGACUGGAAAAGCUGAAAGGGAUGGUGACAAGAUGGCUCCCACCGUGGAGAAGAAGAUCGCAGAGCUGGAGAUGGGAUUGCUUCAUCUGCAGCAGAACAUCGACAUCCCCGAGAUUACACUGCCUGUCAACCCCACUGUGUCUGGCAUCAUCAAGAAGUGCAGUGACGAGAGCCGCAAGGCCAAGGUGGAAGACUUUGGGGACAAGGUGGAAGAUGCUCAGUUCCUCAACAGUCUCCAGAGUGGUGUCAACAGAUGGAUCCGAGAGAUUCAGAAGGUGACCAAGCUAGAUCGUGACCCUGCCUCAGGAACUGCGCUGCAGGAAAUCAGUUUCUGGCUGAACCUGGAGAGGGCACUGCUGAGGAUUCAGGAGAAGCGCGAGAGUCUUGAGGUGGUGCUCACACUUGAGAUCCUCAAGCAUGGCAAGAGAUUUCAUGCCACAGUCAGCUUCGACUCAGACACUGGUCUGAAGCAGGCAAUGGCCACAGUCAAUGACUACAACCAGCUGAUGAAGGAUUUCCCUAUCAAUGACCUUCUGUCAGCCACAGAGCUGGACCGGAUUAGAACAGCUCUGCAGGGCAUAUUCCUCCAUCUGAGAAAGAUCCGACCUACCAAGUACCCCAUCCAGAGAGCUCUGAGGCUAGUGGAGGCCAUCUCCAGGGAUCUCAGCUCACAGCUGCUCAAGGUUCUCGGAACAAGGAGACUGAUGCAUAUUCCGUAUGACGAGUUUGAGAAGGUGCUGAGUGCAUGUUUCGAUGUGUUUGGAACGUGGGAUGAUGAGUAUGACAAGCUGCAGGGGAUGUUGCGAGACCUGGUGAAGAAGAAGAGAGAGGAGCACCUGAGGAUGGUGUGGCGAGUCAACCCAGCUCACAAGAGACUGCAGGCCAGACUGGAUCAUAUGAGAAAAUUCCGACGCCAGCACGAGCAGCUUCGUCAGGUGAUCAUGCGAGUACUUCGACCUUCAACUGCCAAGGGCCGAGCCGGAACCCCGAUGGCUGAGGAGCCUGAACCAAAGGCUGAGCCAGUGGUAGAUGAGGCUGCUGAUGCUAAUGCUAUUGAGGAAGUUAACCUUGCGUACGAGAAUGUGAAGGAAGUUGAUGUCCUGGAGGUGACCAAGGAGGGCACGGAUGCCUGGGAGGCCGCCAUCAAGAGGUACGAUGAGAGAAUUGACCGUGUUGAAACAAGGAUCACAGCUCGUCUGAGGGAUCAACUGGGUACUGCUAGAAAUGCCAAUGAGAUGUUCCGCAUCUUCUCCCGCUUCAAUGCCCUGUUUGUGAGGCCUCACAUCCGAGGUGCCAUCAGAGAGUACCAGACACAGCUGAUUCAGAGAGUGAAAGAUGACAUUGAAUCCCUUCACGAGAAGUUCAAGGUCCAGUAUGGCCAGAGCAAGGCUUGCAGAAUGAGCAAAGUAAGGGAUCUGCCCCCAGUGUCUGGAUCUAUCAUCUGGGCCAGACAGAUUGAGCGACAGCUGAAUGCCUACAUGCGUCGUGUUGAGGAUGUGCUUGGGAAAGGCUGGGAGAGCCAUGUUGAGGGUCAGAAGCUCAAGAGUGAUGGAGACAGCUUCAGGCAGAAACUCAGCACGCAGGACGUCUUUGACGAGUGGACCAGGAAGGUUCAAAACCGACAACUGAAUGUGACCGGGCGAGUGUUUGGCAUUCUCAGCACCAGACUGGCUGUCAAGGGUAAUGUCCUGAGACUGACUGUCAACUUCCAGCCUGAGAUCAUACAGCUAUCCAAGGAGGUGCGUAAUCUUCGUUGGCUUGGAUUCCGGGUGCCUCUAGCCAUCGUGAACAAAGCUCACCAGGCCAACCAACUCUACCCCUUUGCCAUUUCCCUCAUCGAGAGUGUCAGGACGUAUGAGAGGACACUGGACAAGAUUGAGAUCAAGCCAUCCAUUACACUGUUGGUAGCCGGGCUGAGGAAGGAGGUGCAGAACUUGAUUGCUGAGGGUUGCAGCCUGGUGUGGGAGUCGUACAAGUUGGACCCGUAUGUACAGAGGCUUGCCGACAUCGUCUUCAACUUCCAGGAGAAGGUGGAUGACCUCCUGGCUAUGGAGGAGGAGAUUGAGCUGGAGGUGAAGGGGCUGGAGACGUGCAACUACAACGCCAACACAUUCCGCGAGAUCCUGAACCGCAUCCAGAAGGCUGUGGACAACCUGAGUCUGCACUCCUACUCCAACCUGCCACAGUGGGUGGCCAAGAUGGACGAGGAGGUUGAGAACAAGUUGGCUGGGCGUCUGGAGGCUGGCCUGAUGGCCUGGACCCAGUGCCUGCUGGAGGACACGAAGGAGGAUGAUGCUGUGGACCACUCCAUGGACACCGACGAGCCGAAACAGCCGGCCCACAAGUCUGGCGGAGAACCCAACAUCAAGCGACUAGUCCAUGAGCUGAGGAUCACCAACCAACUGAUCUACGUCAGCCCGCCAAUUGAAGAUGCCCGCUUCAACAUCAUGCAAGAGCUGUUUGGCUGGGAGGCGGUUGUGACAAGCCUGCCUCGUCUGCAACACUCCAGAUACCAGGUGGGUCUGGGAGUUGAGUCAGACGCCGACUCCACGUACAGGAACGUGCUGACCAAGCUGCCUGGUGGCUCCCUCAUCCUAGAGGAGGCCUACUCCGCCAUCAGUAAGGUCGUGCAGGACUUCCAAGGAUAUGUCAAUGUGUGGCUGAGGUACCAGUCCCUCUGGGAUCUCAACCCGGAUGUCCUGUACGGUCGUCUUGGAAACAACCUCAAACUGUGGAUGUCCACACUGGAGGAAAUCAAAUCCUCUCGCAAGACCUUUGACACAUCUGAGACUGCCAAGGAAAUUGGACCCAUUGUUGUUCAAUUCGGCAAGGUGCAGUCUAAGGUGACACUGAAGUAUGACUCAUGGCACAAGGAGGUGCUCAGCAAGUUCGGCUCCAUGCUUGGCAACGAGAUGGCAGAGUUCCACACAGUCGUCUCAAAGUCUCGCUCCGACCUAGAGCAACAGUCCAUCGACACUGCCAACACAUCAGAUGCUGUUGGACUCAUCACUCACGUCCAGUCUCUCAAGCGCAAGGUCAACUCCUGGGAGAAGCAGGUUGAGAUGUACAAGGAGGGUCAGCGUAUCCUGGAGCGUCAGCGCUUCCAGUUCCCUUCCACCUGGCUAUACAUCGACAACAUCGAGGGUGAGUGGGGAGCGUUCAGCGACAUCAUGAAGCGCAAGGACUCGUCCAUCCAGACCCAGGUGGCCAGCCUGCAGAUGAAGAUUGUGUCGGAGGACAAGCUGGUGGAGACCCGCACUGGUGACAUGCUCACAGACUGGGAGAAGGAGAAACCUGUGGAGGGUGAACUGAGACCAGACUCAGCUCUGAAGGCUCUCACUAUCUUCGAAGGAAAGUUCUGUCGUCUAAAGGAAGAGAGGGACAAUGUCGCACGAGCUAAGGAGGCUCUUGAAUUAGCUGAACCAGGUCACAUCAGUCCCAGCCAGGAGCGUGUGCAGGUCGCCCUGGAGGAGCUGCAGGACCUGAAGGGUGUGUGGUCAGAGUUGGCCAAGAUCUGGGAGCAGAUAGACGAGCUGAAGGAGAAGCCAUGGCUGUCUGUAGCACCAAGAAAGUUACGGCAAGCGCUGGACACCCUGUUGAACCAGAUGAAAGAACUGCCGGCUCGGCUUAGAGCGUACGGAUCGUACGAACAUGUGAAGAGAACUCUCCAGAGCUAUGCCAAGGUGAAUGUGCUUAUUGUGGAGUUGAAGUCAGAGGCUCUGAAGGAACGUCACUGGAAGCAGCUGAUGAGACGGCUGAAUGUGAACUGGGUUCUGUCUGAGUUGACGCUCGGCCAUGUGUGGGAUAUUGAUCUGCAGAAGCAUGAGCCCAUUGUCCGGGACAUCAUCAUCGUCGCCCAGGGAGAGAUGGCCCUCGAGGAAUUCUUGAAACAGGUCAGCGAGGUUUGGCGAAGCUAUGAGCUGGACCUCAUCAACUACCAAAACAAGUGUCGCCUCAUCCGAGGAUGGGAUGACCUCUUCACCAAGGUCAAGGAACACAUCAACAGCGUCACUGCCAUGAAGCUGUCCCCCUACUUCAAGCAAUUUGAGGAGGAUGCUCUGGCCUGGGAGGACAAGCUGAACCGCAUCAAUGGACUGUUUGAUGUGUGGAUCGAUGUCCAGAGGCGCUGGGUAUACCUGGAAGGUAUCUUCACCGGCAGUGCUGACAUCAAGCACCUGCUCCCUGUGGAAACAUCCAGAUUCCAGGGUGUUAGCACAGAGUUCUUGGCCCUGAUGAAGAAGGUCACCAGGUCACCGCUGGUGAUGGACGUCCUGAACAUCGCCAACGUACAGCGGCAGUUGGAGAGACUGGCGGACAUGCUACAGAAGAUACAGAAAGCUCUUGGAGAAUACCUGGAGAGGGAGAGAGCGUCUUUCCCACGAUUCUACUUUGUUGGUGAUGAAGAUCUCCUGGAGAUUAUCGGUAACAGCAAGAAUAUACCACGGCUUCAGAAACACUUCAAGAAGAUGUUUGCUGGCGUUGCAUCGAUCAUCCUCAAUGAUGAUGACUCCCAAGUUAUUGGUCUCACAUCCAAAGAAGGAGAAGAUGUUGUAUUUGUCACCCCGGUGUCCAUCGCUGCCCACCCUAAGAUCAAUGAGUGGCUUACCCUGACUGAGAAGGAGAUGAGAGUGACACUGGCCAAGAACCUGGCCGCCUCUGUGGGCGAUGUCAGCGCCUUCAAGUCCGGCAAGAUCGACCCCGAGAAGUAUCUGCAGUGGGCUGACAAGUACCAGGCCCAACUGAUCGUGCUGUCAGCCCAGAUCUCGUGGUCAGAGAGUGUAGAGAACGCCCUACAGACAGCCUCCAAGACUGACAUCGGCCCCGUGAAGGAGGUGUUAGCCAACGUGGAGUCCACUCUCAACGUGCUGGCCGACUGUGUCCUGUACGAACAGCCCCCAGUCAGACGGAAGAAGCUGGAGAGCUUGAUCACUGAACUGGUUCACCAGAGAGACAUCACUCGCAUGCUGGUGAAACACAAUGUGAGCUCUCCCAAGUCCUUUGACUGGUUGUGUCAAAUGAGAUUCUACUUCGACCCCAAGAACUCCGACGUGCUGCAGCAGCUGUCUAUUCAGAUGGCCAAUGCUAAGUUCAACUAUGGCUUUGAGUACCUUGGUGUCCAGGAUAAGCUUGUUCAGACCCCGCUCACAGACAGAUGCUACCUCACCAUGACACAGGCCUUGGAGGCCAGGCUUGGAGGAUCACCAUUUGGCCCUGCUGGUACUGGAAAGACUGAGUCUGUGAAAGCUCUAGGAAACCAGCUGGGACGAUUUGUGUUGGUCUUCAACUGUGACGAAACCUUCGACUUCCAGGCCAUGGGACGUAUCUUUGUUGGUCUGUGCCAAGUAGGAGCGUGGGGCUGCUUUGAUGAGUUUAAUCGACUGGAGGAGAGGAUGUUGUCAGCUGUGUCCCAGCAGAUCCAGACCAUACAGGAGGCGCUCAAGGAACUCAACACACCCGAGAAGAGGAGCGACAAAGCAACUCAGAUUAUUGUGGAGAUCAUCGGCAAGCAGGUGAAGGUGAACCCUGACAUGGCUAUCUUCAUCACCAUGAACCCGGGAUAUGCUGGCAGGUCCAACCUGCCGGACAACUUGAAGAAACUGUUCCGAAGCUUGGCCAUGACCAAGCCCGACCGCCAGCUGAUUGCCCAGGUCAUGUUGUACUCCCAGGGCUUCAGGCAGGCUGAGAAGCUGGCCAGCAAGAUAGUGCCGUUCUUCAAACUCUGUGACGAGCAGCUGUCGCCCCAGUCUCACUAUGACUUUGGUCUGCGAGCCCUGAAGAGCGUGUUGGUGAGCGCGGGCAAUGUGAAGCGUGAGAGGAUACAGCGAGUCAAGGAGGGACUCAUAGAGAGGUCGGAGCAAGUGGAUGAAACAUCGAUUGCCGAAAAUCUACCAGAACAGGAGAUCCUCAUCCAGAGUGUGAUGGAGACGAUGGUGCCCAAGCUUGUGGCUGAGGACAUCCCCCUGCUCAACUCUCUGUUGUCGGAUGUCUUCCCUGGUGUGCAGUACACACCCAACGAGAUGAAGCCUCUCCGAAAGGAGAUCAAGAAAGUGUGUCAGGAAAUGCACCUGACGUACGGUGAGAACGACGAACUCGGAGCACAGUGGGUGGACAAGGUCCUACAGCUGUACCAGAUCACACAGCUCCACCACGGCCUCAUGAUGGUGGGCCCUAGUGGCAGCGGCAAGUCCACGGCCUGGCAUGUCCUGCUGAAGGCGCUGGAGAGAAUGGAGGGGUUGGAUGGAGUCCCCCACGUCAUUGACCCCAAGUCUAUCUCCAAGGAUGCCCUGUAUGGUAACCUUGACCCCAACACCAGAGAAUGGACGGACGGUCUCUUCACACACAUUCUCAGAAAGAUCAUUGACAACGUUCGUGGUGAACUUGCAAAACGUCAGUGGAUCAUCUUUGAUGGUGAUGUGGACCCCGAGUGGGUGGAGAAUCUCAACUCCGUCCUGGACGACAAUAAGCUCCUGACACUGCCCAAUGGUGAACGACUGGGAAUCCCCCCAAAUGUGAGAAUAAUGUUUGAAGUUCAAGACUUGAAGUACGCCACUCUGGCCACAGUCAGUCGAUGUGGCAUGGUGUGGUUCAGUGAGGAUGUGCUGUCUACGGAAAUGAUCUAUGAUAACUUCAUGCAAGAGCUGCGCUGUGUCCCUGUGGAGGAGUCUGAUGAAGACCCCUACAAGUCCAGACUAGGAGAGAAGGACGAUACACUCUCACCCAACAUGCAGGUUCAGCACGAUGCAGCAGUCAUCUUCCAGCCCUACUUCUCCUCUGACGGCCUUGCUAGCCGCUGCCUGGAGUUUGCUGUGAAACUGGACCAUAUCAUGGACUUCACCCGGCUCCGGGCCCUCAACUCUCUGUUCUCCAUGCUGAACCAGGGUGUCCGCAACGUCCUAGCCUACAACCACAAUCAUGCCGACUUCCCAAUGCAGGCGGAGCAGCUGGAGCACUACCUGUCCAAGUAUCUGGUGUACAGUCUCCUGUGGUCCAUGUCCGGGGACGGACGGAUCAAGAUGAGGCAAGAACUCGGGGACUUCAUCAGAGGAAUCACCACCAUCCCACUGCCCCCAACUACCGGCUCCAUCAUCGAUUUUGAGGUUGGUAUUGGAGGAGAGUGGGUGCCAUGGCAGUCCAAGGUGCCUCAAGUUGAAGUGGAGACCCACAAGGUGGCAGCACCCGACGUAGUUAUCCCAACCAUCGACACGGUGCGUCAUGAGAGCUUGUUGUACACAUGGCUGGCGGAGCACAAACCCCUGGUGCUGUGUGGACCUCCGGGCUCCGGAAAGACCAUGACGCUGUUCAGUGCCCUCCGAGCGCUGCCUGACAUGGAGGUUGUUGGUCUGAAUUUCUCCAGUGCUACAACCCCUGAACUUCUGCUGAAGACAUUCGACCAUUACUGUGAAUUCCGACGAACACCCAAUGGUGUUGUUCUGUCGCCCGUACAGCUCAACAAGUGGCUUGUACUCUUCUGUGAUGAAAUCAACUUGCCAGAUAUGGACAAAUAUGGUACUCAGCGUGUCAUCUCCUUCCUCCGCCAAAUGAUGGAACACGGAGGCUUCUUCCGAACAUCCGACCAGACUUGGGUCAAGUUUGAAAGAAUCCAGUUUGUUGGUGCCUGCAACCCUCCCACUGAUCCUGGGAGAAAGCCCCUCUCACACAGAUUCCUGCGUCAUGUGCCAGUAGUGUAUGUUGACUACCCUGGCGAGACCUCACUCAAGCAGAUCUAUGGAACCUUCAACCGAGCCAUGCUGAGACUGGUCCCCAGCCUGAAGCCAUAUGCUGACCCUCUCACCAACGCCAUGGUGGAGUUCUACAUGAUGUCCCAGGAGAGAUUCACGCAGGACAUGCAGCCCCACUAUGUGUACAGCCCCCGUGAGAUGACCCGGUGGGUGCGAGGUAUCUGUGAGGCACUCCGGCCACUGGAGACCCUUAGUGUGGAAGGACUGGUCAGGAUCUGGGCCCAUGAAGCUCUGCGACUCUUCCAAGACAGAUUGAUCGAAGAUGAAGAGAGACUGUGGACAGACCAGAAUGUAGAUGCUGUAGCUCUGAAACACUUUCCCAACAUCAACCGUAAUGAGGCCAUUGAACGUCCUAUCCUCUUCAGCAACUGGCUGUCCAAGGACUAUGUGCCAGUUGACAGGGAGGCUCUCCGUGAAUACACCAAGGCUAGACUCAAGAUCUUCUACGAGGAGGAGCUUGAUGUGCCCCUGGUUCUGUUCGAUGAAGUCCUGGACCACGUUCUCAGGAUUGACCGAAUCUUCCGCCAGCCACAAGGUCAUCUGCUGCUGAUUGGUGUGAGUGGAGCAGGGAAGACAACUCUGUCGAGAUUCGUAGCCUGGAUGAAUGGCUUGUCCGUGUACCAGAUCAAGGUCCACAACAAGUACACAGCGUUUGACUUUGAUGAAGAUCUCAGGAUCUGCCUCCGAAGAUCAGGAUGCAAGGAUGAGAAGAUCUGUUUCAUUAUGGAUGAAUCGAAUGUGCUCGACUCUAGCUUCCUGGAGAGAAUGAACACCCUGCUGGCCAACGGCGAGGUCCCUGGUCUGUUCGAGGGAGACGAGUACACCACGCUGAUGACCCAGUGCAAGGAGGGAGCUCAGAGGGAGGGCAUGAUGCUAGACUCCUCCGAGGAACUCUACAAGUGGUUCACACAACAGGUGAUGAAGAACCUCCACGUUGUGUUCACCAUGAACCCGUCAUCGGAGGGACUAAAGGACCGAGCCUCCACUUCCCCUGCUCUGUUCAACAGAUGUGUCUUGAACUGGUUCGGUGACUGGUCCAAUGGUGCUCUCUUCCAAGUCGGACGGGAAUUCACAAACAAGAUUGAUCUGGAGAAGGCAAAUUAUGUGCCUCCUAACAUGAUGCCCUGGGCGUGUGAAGAGCUGCCCCAGCCUCCGUCUCAUCGUGAUGCAGUUGUCAACUCCUUCUGCUUCGUCCACAACUCCCUGCACCAGGCCAACACAAGACUGGCUAAGAGAGGUGGGAGAGUCAUGGCCAUCACACCACGACACUACCUCGACUUCAUCAAUCACUUUGCCAAGCUGUACCAGGAGAAGCGGUCCGACCUGGAGGAGCAGCAGCUCCAUCUCAACGUGGGUCUCCAGAAGAUCCGGGAAACUGUGGACCAGGUGGAGGAACUACAGAAGUCGCUGUCCAUCAAGCGUAUUGAGCUGGAGGAGAAGAAUGCUGCUGCCAACGCCAAACUCAAACAGAUGGUGAAAGACCAGCAGGAAGCAGAGAGGAAGAAGGUGACGUCCCAGGAGAUCCAGCAGGCCCUCAUUGUGCAGACCAAGAACAUCAACGAGAAGAAGACCUUCGUGAAACAAGAUCUAGCCCAGGUGGAACCUGCAGUCAUUGAGGCCCAGGCGGCGGUGAAAUCCAUUAAGAAACAGCACCUUGUUGAGGUCCGAUCCCUGGCUAACCCCCCUGCAGCUGUCAAGUUGGCUGUUGAAUCCAUUUGUGUUCUAUUGGGAGAGGGAGAACUCGACUGGAAAGCACAGAGGAGCAUUUUGAUGAGAGAUAAUUUCAUAUCGACUGUAGUAAACUUCAACACAGAUGAUCUGGCUGAUGACAUCCGUAGCAAGAUGAAGUCCAAGUACCUGGCCAACCCUGAAUACAACUAUGAGAAGAUCAACAGAGCCAGCUUGGCCUGCGGACCUAUGGUUAAAUGGGCCAUUGCUCAGAUCAACUAUGCAGAGAUGUUGAAGCGUGUGGAGCCCCUGAGGAACGAGCUGCAGGCUCUGGAGGACCAGGCCAAGGAGAACCGCAUGAAGGGCGAGGAGGUGAACAAGCUCAUCAUCGACCUGGAGGGCAGCAUCUCCAAAUACAAGGAGGAAUACGCCCAGCUCAUCAGUCAAGCCCAGGCCAUCAAGGCAGACCUCGCUGCUGUCGAGGCCAAGGUUGAAAGAUCUGUCGCUCUUCUGAACAGCCUUAGCAGUGAGAAGCAGAGAUGGGAGGCAGGCAGUGAGACCUUCAAGAACCAGAUUGCUACCAUUAUCGGAGAUGUUCUCCUGUCGUCUGCUUUCAUGGCAUACGGAGGUUACUUUGACCAGUCCAUGAGACACAACCUGUUCACAUCGUGGUGCACGCAUCUACAGAAGGCCAUGAUCCUCUUCAGGAAUGACCUGGCCAGAACAGAGUACCUGUCGAAUGCUGAUGAGAGACUGAGAUGGCAGGCCAACUCUCUGCCCACUGACGACCUCUGUACAGAGAACGCCAUCAUGUUGAAGCGCUUCAACAGAUACCCACUCAUCAUCGACCCAUCAGGCCAGGCCACGGAGUUCAUCAUGAAGGAGUACAGGGACAGGAAGAUCACCAAGACAAGCUUCUUGGACGAUGCCUUCAGGAAGAACUUGGAGAGUGCUUUGAGAUUCGGUAACCCGUUGCUGGUGCAGGAUGUAGAAAGCUAUGACCCGAUAUUGAACCCUGUGUUGAACCGAGAACUGCGGAGGACAGGUGGCCGUGUGCUGAUCACCCUGGGAGACCAGGACAUUGAUUUGUCCCCAUCCUUCACUAUCUUCCUCUCUACCAGGGACCCGAAUGUGGAAUUCCCCCCCGACAUCUGCUCCAGAGUCACAUUCGUCAACUUCACCGUCACCCGCAGCAGUCUGCAGAGCCAGUGCCUCAACCAGGUGUUGAAGGCUGAAAGACCAGAUGUUGAUGAGAAGAGAUCUGACCUCCUCAAACUGCAAGGUGAGUUCCAGCUGAGACUGAGGCAGCUUGAGAAGUCCCUCCUCCAGUCUCUGAAUGACGCCAAGGGGAAGAUCCUGGACGAUGACAGCAUCCUCAGUAACCUGGAGACUCUGAAGACAGAGGCAGCCGAGGUUGCCCGUAAAGUGGAGGAGACAGACAUUGUGAUGGCGGAGGUUGAGGCUGUGUCACAACAGUAUGUGCCCCUGGCCCAGUCCUGCAGCAGCAUCUACUUCACACUGGAGGCUCUGCAACAGGUUCACUUCCUGUAUGGCUACUCCCUGCAAUUCUUCCUGGAGAUAUUCCAUGCCACUCUCAACUGUGCCCAACUCAAGAACCAGAAGGAAUAUGCAGCCCGACUGUCCAUCAUCACAGCUGACUUAUUUAGGGAAACCUACAGCCGUGUGGGGCGAGGAAUGAUUCAUGAGGACAGGAUCACCUUCGCUAUCCAGCUCUGUCGCAUCCACUUGCAAAGCCUUGUAGGAGAGUCCACAUACACAGAGGAGUUCAAUCACUUCCUGAGAAGCCAGGAAGGACUCCUCACCGAGAAGCCUGCAGCUGCCAUUGCUGGUCUUACACCAUCACAGCAAGCAUCCCUGGUGCGUCUGAGCAAACUCCCGGCAUUCAGGAACAUUGUCAAGGAGGUGGAUGGAAACAAAGAUGUGAAGACAUGGAUGGAGAGUGCAACUCCUGAACAGACGGUGCCUCAGCUGUGGAGUGAAGGCAAGGCUCUAAGUCCUAUUGGCAAGGCUGUGCAUGGUCUGCUGGUGAUCCAGUCCCUGCGGCCCGACAGACUUACUGCCAUGGCCCGAGUCUUUGUGGAGACAGCACUGUCAUCUGAGUUUGUUCACUGUGGAGAAAAGGAACUCAACCUGGGAGAGAUUGUAGAGAAUGUGAUAAAGGCCAACACGCCAGUGCUGAUGUGCUCUGUCCCUGGUUAUGAUGCCAGCAGUAGAGUGGAUGAUCUGGCAGCCGAGUUGAACAAACCACUGACAUCCAUCGCUAUUGGUUCUGCGGAAGGCUUCACCCAGGCGGAGAAAGCCAUCAACUCAUCCAGCAAGUCUGGAAGAUGGGUGAUGCUGAAGAACGUCCACCUGGCUCCACAGUGGCUGGUUCAGCUGGAGAAGAAGCUCCACAAUCUCACGCCUCAUCCCAGCUUCAGGCUGUUCCUCACCAUGGAAAUCAACCCGAAGCUUCCCUCCAACUUGUUGCGAGCCGGUCGUGUGUUUGUGUUUGAGCCCCCACCAGGUGUCGCUGCCAACCUCACCCGGACAUUCAGCACGGUACCCACCUCCAGGAUGUGCAGGGAGCCGAAUGAGAGAGCCCGGUUGUACUUCCUCCUUGCCUGGUUCCAUGCCAUCGUACAGGAACGGAUGCGCUACACUCCACUCGGCUGGGCCAAGAAGUAUGAGUUCACCGAGUCAGACCUGAAGGUUGCUUGUGACAUGCUGGACGUCUGGAUUGACUCUGUUGCCCUGGGUCGUACCAACCUGCCCCCAGAGAAGGUCCCAUGGGAUGCCAUCAAGACUCUUCUGUCACAGUGUAUCUAUGGUGGAAAGAUCGAUAAUGACUUUGACCAGCGUCUCCUGAGCACAUUUGUGGACAAGCUGUUCACCCCCAAGAGUUUUGAGGGUGACUACAAGUUGGUUACUAAUGUAGAUGGUGUCCCAGGGAAGAAUAUCUCGAUGCCAGAUGGAGUCAGACGGGAACAGUUUGUCCAGUUUGUGAAUAACAUGGAGGAGAGGCAGACACCGUCCUGGCUGGGGCUGCCCAACAAUGCAGAGAAGGUUCUCCUGACAACUAGAGGUAGCGACAUGAUUGCCAAGCUGAUGAAGAUGCAGCUGUUGGAGGAAGAUGACGUGAUCGGCGCCAAGGCCGAUGACCAUGAGGAUCACAGAAUGGCUGAUGGUCGCCCCGCCUGGAUGAGAACCCUCCACCAGUCUGUAGGAACCUGGCUCAAGCUGGUGCCUCAGCCGGAAGAUGCAGUGUCGCUGGGCGCCAUGAAACGAACAGUUGAAAACAUCAAGGAUCCACUGUUCCGGUUCUUUGAGCGUGAAGUGAACGCUGGAGCACGCCUCCUGAACGAUGUACGUCAAGAUCUCCUGGACGUGAUGAAAGUGUGCAACGCUGAGAAGAAGCCCACCAAUCACCACAGAUCCAUGAUGGCUGACCUUGUCAAGGGCAUAAUCCCCGAGACCUGGCGCCGCUACAUCAUCCCAGGUGGUUUGACUGUCAUCCAGUGGAUCACUGACUUCAGCCAGCGUAUCAAGCAGCUGCAGAAGAUUGUGCAGACGACAGGCUCUGGUGGAGCUAAGGAACUCAAGAACUUGAAUGUCUGGUUGGGUGGACUCUUCAUCCCAGAGGCAUACAUCACGGCUACACGGCAGUACGUGGCCCAGGCUAAUGGAUGGUCUUUGGAAGAACUCUACCUUGAUGUGAACGUAACCGGCAAAGCUGGAGCUCUUGAUGCGUGCAGCUUCGGAGCAAUAGGCCUCAAGCUGCAGGGAGCGGUGUGCAAGGACAACAAGUUGGAGCUGUCAUCCACCAUCUCUACAGAGCUGCCUCUCACUCUCCUGCGCUGGAUCAGACUUGAAGGCAAGGAGCCAUCCAAAGGGAAGGUAACUCUGCCAGUGUACCUGAAUGCCACCAGGGGGCAUCUGCUGUUUACACUGGACUUUGAUCCAACAACGCCACUGACUGCAGCUGGCCACAGCUUCUACGAGAGAGGAGUCGCUAUCACCUGUUCAGACAUCAGCUAGAUGUCUCACAACAAACUCUCCUCAACCAGGAUGGUUACUAGGGAGAUAUUUACCCUGACAUUUUCUUUUCAUACAUGUUUUCUUGGUGUUUGCUUCUGGGAACCUGCAAAAUCCUGCCUGUCAACAAUGUUUGUCAUGAAUAGUGUCAAGAAGAAAAUAAGAAAAUGAAAGCUCUACUUUUCAACAACUCAUUUUUUAACUCAUCUCCACUGUCCUUCCUAUUAUUUUAUUAUUAUUAUUAUUAUUAUUAUUAUCAGCAACAAAUGCGCACACAGACACAGAAGUGUGUAUACUGCGCUAUACAAAUGAGUGUAUUAUUAUAACUCUUGGUGUUUUCAAACAUUUGGUUCUUUGUCAUAAUUUCAGUGACUUGAUACCUUACAAGACUGUUAUUAGAUGUUCUUGUUUUGAAAUACAAGUGAAUAAUUUUCAGAAGUCAUGAAUGCUUAUGUUUUGUUUCAAAUGAAAUACAUAUAACAGAAAUAAAUUGUAACUAUUUUGCCAUGUUGUAAUAAAAUUUGAUUAAAAGUAGUGCUCAGUUAUGUGAAGAAAUCUUAUACAGAAUUUGAUCUUGCAAUUCAGAUUUAGAGCAUAAGAAAUAUGUUGAAAUAAAGAGGUUUUCAUACUUCAUGUGCUUUCAUGCAACAUGUCUUAAUAUUAUGCAGGUGUUUGAGACACAUCUCCCAGUUUGUUGAAAAUUGCUUAAUAAAUAUCAACUUGAA